UAGCAUUGCAGCCACUCCCUGCACCGUGAAUUAUAUUUAGAGCUCACCGACAAGUCUGCAUCCUCACUGGACUCUUGAGAAGAAGGUUUUGAGAAUUUUCUACAAACUGGAAAGAUUUCAUCUUUCAGGUUUAGCUGUGGUGCCUUUUUAAAGGAAGAUUUUGGUAAAGUGACAAUAAGAGGGAGAAUACCAAGCAAUUACACACACUGCCUAGUGAAAACUAUCCGGGAGAAGAUUAUUUUGGAGCUUUGGUUUCCUCUAACAUGGCCACUCUGUGAGGUGAAGAGUCUCAGUCACUUGAAGACUGAGGGAAAUGAACAUUAUCAGAGCAUGGUGUCAUAAGAUCUGCGGCGAGGCCAGCACUCUCACCGAGACUGCUUCAGGGCUUUCACUCACACAGUUUGUCUCCUGGUUUUAUUGAUCCGUGAUCGAUUCGUGAUCCUCAUGGCGGAUUGGAACUUGUUGGGGAAGCUGCUGGAGAGUGCCCAGGAACACUCCACUGUGGUGGGCAAGGUGUGGCUCACCGUGCUGUUCAUCUUCCGCAUCCUGGUGCUGGGAACGGCGGCGGAGAAAGUGUGGGGCGACGAGCAGUCCGGCUUCACGUGCGACACCAAGCAGCCCGGUUGCCAGAACGUCUGCUACGACAAGACCUUCCCCAUUUCUCACAUUCGCUUCUGGGUGAUGCAGAUCAUCUUUGUCUCCACGCCCACGCUCAUUUAUCUGGGCCACAUCCUCCACCUGGUCCGCAUGGAGGAAAAAGAGAAGCAGAAACUAAAGGACCUCGCCAUUAAAAAUGAAAAAGAGCAGCUGUUAAUUAGCAAUAAGUCCAAAAAGGCCUCAGUUAAAGACAACCAGGGCCAUGUGCGUCUGCAAGGUGCUCUGCUGCGAACAUAUGUCUUCAACAUCAUUUUUAAGACCCUGUUUGAGGUGGCGUUUAUCGUGGCUCAGUACUUCCUGUACGGCUUUGAGCUGAAGCCCAUGUACACCUGCGACCGCUGGCCUUGCCCCAACAUGGUGAACUGCUACAUCUCUCGACCUACAGAGAAGACGGUCUUUAUCCUUUUCAUGCUGGCAGUAGCUUCUGUGUCUCUGCUGCUGAAUUUGGUGGAAAUGUACCAUUUAGGUUUCAAAAAAUGCCACCAGGGUCUUCGCUACAAACGAUCAAAGAUGGAAAAGGAAGCCCCCAAGGCCCUAAAUGAGGGGAUCAUACCUUUCGCCCCGAACUACACCUAUUUUACAGAUCAUUCUGCAGUUCCUGAACCUUUUCCCGCAGACUCAAAGUACAGCAUGGCAGGGCCAAACUCCGCUUACAGCCCCUACAACAGCAAAGCCGUUUACAAGCAGAACAGAGACAACAUGGCUGUAGAGAGAAAAGGUAGAUCAGAGGGAGAUGAUUUAGAGAAGACGAAAGCAUCCAGUCCUGUUACUGAGACUCCUGUUGAAAAUCAGCGUAGAAACAGUCAGUCCAGCAAGCACAGCAACAACAAGGGCAGGUUGGAUGACCUGAAGAUCUAAGAUUGUCAGGUUUCUAUCCAAGGCUCAGGGACUACGGAAAAAAGCCACCACAACACGUGAAAAUGCAUUCAUCUUAGACAUUUGGUAGUUUCAAAGAGGUUAGACUGUAUCGAUCAUGAUGGUAAAAUUAAGAAACAGAAGUACUGGGAGAGGUUUUAAAGGUUUGGGAGUUUACAGUCGUUAUCAAAAAGCUUAGAUAAAAGUAGAGUUAGAUAUGACAGGUUUUGUUCCAUAACAAAAUUAGAAAUACAUUUUAAAGCCCAGAGACUUUUAGUUUAAAGAAGUCAGAAAACCGAAGUGGAUUCACAACGUUUAUAAUCCAUGUCUUAGUACCACUUAGUGAGAUCUCAAUUUGUAGGAUCACUUUUUAUUAUUAGUAUUUCCAGCUUUGAUUAAUGAAAUGUGGCCAAUAAAAUUCGUAAUUGUGAAAAUUGCGAAAUACAAAAAGUCAAUAGAGUAUUAUGUUUUUUUUGUUACUUACAUUGACUUAUUUAUAACUUUAGACUUUGAUUAAAUGGAUUAGAAGUACACAGUUACCCAUGUUUUCAUAGAAUGUUGUUUCCAAUAAGAGUGUGUUUACUGUGGGGCUUAAAAAUGUUUCUGAUUUCUUAAAAACGUUCUUGAUCAUAGAGCAAAUGACAGAUGUAUCGUGGAGCUGCUUACAUGCAACCUUUCCCAGCUCAUCUCCUGCUGCAGGUCGGUGGAUAUUUGUGGGAUGCAAAUCCAACAUGCAGAAUCAAAGCCUCCCAGGAAGCUGAUGUUCUUAAGAGUUUCCUUUAAGAUGUGUCUUUGUUCAGAACUGUGUUAUUUAACAACUGUAUCUUUGAGCAAUUCUCAGAUGCAUUGAGAAGCCGUAUAUUGUUUCUUAAGACAGUUUCAUUUGGACUGUGCUGGCAUGAUGAAUGUAUAAAUUGUUAUUGUUGGAGAUUUGCCUGAUAUGUUUACAUUACUUACAGGCUUUAGUGUAAAAACAAGACUGAGUGCUUUCACUGCAAGCUUCUUGCUGCCACAUAAUACAAUAAUUGCAUUGUGACAUUUUUUAGAAAUCAUUUAUAGCUUUAUUAGCUUAAAGAAAAAAAAUCCAGCUCCAACAGUCAGUCGGGCUGCUCUGAUUAAUGAUCUAAUUUCACUAAACUGGAAGAGUGUUGAUCGGCACCUCAUCCUUUGUUUGGUUGUGCCAAAAAUGCUUCUGACAUAGCACCAAUGAAUUUUACUGUGGUUUAGACAUUUUGUUUUCUUUUAACUCAAAAUCUUGUUAAAAGAAAGUCUUUUUCAGAAAAUGCAUGCAGACUUGUCUUACAUUUCAACAUUGCAUACCUCUGAAUCAGCCAUUCAUAUUUUUUGAUGGCAUCUAUAUUGUAUUUGCUCUAGAGUGGGAUAAUUAUGUUUAUGAUACUUUAAAAGCUAAAUAGCUACCAAAAGAUUUAAAUUUGUUUUCUUUAAUUCAUCAGAAAAGUGUAAAGUCUACGUUUUGAUUGUUUUAUAACUUUUGGUAUAAAAAAAACAACAAAAAAACAAAAACACAGCACUCUUAAAACUAUAAAUGUAGUUUCUUAACCUCCCAAGGUAGGAAUUUGUGACAGUUGUUAAAAGGAGCCAAUGAAGCAAAGUCUGGUGAUAAUGUUGUAAUAUUACAGUUCCAGUCUGAAGUUUACAUGGCAAGGAAUCAUUGGCAUUAUUGGCAUGGAAGUCAUCAGUUGUAGGCUUUUCAUUAUGCAUGUGUACUGUUCUUUUUUCCAAGCCUGAACAGUGAUGGAACAAAAUUUUAAAACAAAGACUGAUUGCAUCAAAAUCACUUUCAUGUGUUAUAUCAUGCAAUAAAAUGCUUAAGUAAUUUAAUAUUUAAUUAAAUACAUUUUGGUCUGUU